CCGCCGCCGCCGGGUCACUCGGCGCCCGCCCUGGCGCCAGGCUCGGCUGGCUGCAGCCCCGAAGCCAGGCGAGGAAGCCGAGGCGCCCGCGGGCAGCGCGCUCCGGCCGGGCGGCUCCUGGGUCCCGGCGCGGCUCCCGGACGGAGGCAGCGAACCGGCAGAAGCAGCCUCCGGGCUCCCAACUAGAACAAUGCUGGAGGGGAGGGGAGGCUGCGUGCCAGCUGAAGUCUGAGAACAGGUGAACGGCAAAGGAGAGGGCAGGGCGAGAUUGGCGCUGCCCUCGACGCUGCUGGCUCUGAGAAAGCGGCGUGGAAGAGGCGAAGCUCGGCAGACCAGCGGCUGAGCCAUGGCUACAAAUUUCAACGACAUCGUCAAGCAGGGCUACGUGAAGAUGAAGAGCAGGAAACUGGGGAUUUACCGGCGCUGCUGGCUGGUGUUCCGGAAAUCUUCCAGCAAAGGUCCCCAGAGGCUGGAGAAGUACCCAGAUGAGAAGUCAGUGUGCUUACGGGGGUGCCCAAAGGUCACUGAGAUCAGCAACGUGAAAUGCAUCACAAGGCUGCCCAAGGAGACCAAACGGCAAGCUGUGGCCAUCAUAUUCAUGGACGACUCCGCUCGGACAUUCACCUGUGAAUCCGAGCUGGAAGCCGAGGAAUGGUACAAAACGCUGUCCGUCGAAUGCCUGGGGGCACGGCUCAACGACAUCAGCCUUGGCGAGCCAGAUCUGCUGGCGCCUGGAGUUCAGUGUGAGCAAACUGACCGGUUUAAUGUCUUCCUCCUGCCCUGCCCCAACCUGGAUAUCUAUGGCGAAUGCAAGUUGCAGAUCACCCAUGAAAACAUUUACCUCUGGGAUAUGCACAAUCCCCGUGCCAAGCUCGUUUCCUGGCCCUUGUGUUCCCUGCGCCGCUACGGACGAGAUGCCACGCGGUUCACCUUUGAAGCCGGCCGCAGGAUGUGUGAUGCAGGUGAAGGGCUGUACACCUUUCAGACCCAGGAGGGUGAGCAGAUCUACCAGAGAGUGCACAGCGCCACCUUGGCCAUUGCUGAGCAGCACAAACGUGUCCUGAUGGAGAUGGAGAAGAACGUCAGAUUGCUGAACAAGGGGACAGAGCAUUACUCCUAUCCCUGCACGCCCACCACCAUGUUGCCACGCAGCGCUUACUGGCAUCACAUUACCGGCUCACAGAACAUUGCUGAGUCUUCCAGCUACGGGGGUGACACAUACCCUGGUCCCCAGGCCAGCUCAGAGACUGACCUCUUGAACCGUUUAAUCCUACUGAAGCCAAAUGCUUCUAAGAAUGGGAAAAGUGACAGCAAAGACCCCAACUCGGCUACCCAGUGAGGCGGCUCAAUCCCGAGAGAGGAAGGCUGUUGGGAUGCCAACCUGAGCCAAGAAACCGAGGAUUUUUCUCCUGCUCCAGCCCAGGGACAACAUUUUGCUGCAGGGAAACAGAGCAGGCUUUGCACCAGGGUGGCUCCACCGAGAAUGUUCUAGAUCCAGGAGCUGUGGACGGUCCGGCCAACAAGCCCUGCGAGGCCCAGGAUGCGGGCAGGCGUCCAGAUCUAUGGGAAAGGACUAGCUAUAUAUUAUUACAACUAUUUUCAAUAUAUCAUAUUGUUUAUGCAUAUCCUAUAUAUCAAGAGAGGGUUCUCACAUGAAUGCACAUCUCUUCGCCAUCCAGGCAAGAAUUUUAAACGGUUGGAGGGAGGGCUCGAUCCGGGGGGUGCCUUCCUUCCUUUCCCACGGGUGGCACCUUGGGCAGGGCAGAAGGAAGCCUUCCCACAUCACAGCUGGGAGCCGAAGGAUGGAUGGGAUGGGGGGGCUGGACUGUAAGAGGGGCUGCCGGCUCUGGCUUCCAGGAGUAAGUUGGCAUUCAGAUCAGCUGGGCAGCCCCCAUCCUUAGCAGAUCCUUGCUGCAGACACAAACCAGAUCUUUCGGAGGCCAAAAAUAAGCCUGUCCAUGGCACAGCAACCCUUUGGGGUUGAGCAGAAGGCCAGAAUAACUGACAAAAGACCCCCUAGGGUAUGUUUGCAAUUUUGCUGCCUGCCCUUCUCUGAAACGCAGCUUUCGCGCCAACGCAUCCUCACCGACCCUUCAGCUGGCCCCGGAGAAGCCAGCUUCCCCUCCAGGCUGUGACGGGAGCCUGAGAUUCCUUCCCGCUGUGCUCUCUCCAUGGGGCUGCCGGCUCAGGGCAGGCGGGCACGGAGGCCUUUGUGGAGCGGUUCCAUUUCCUGUGCUCGAGAGCUGUCCCUUGGGGAUAGCUGGUGACGGAUUGUUAGCCGCCAGGGGUGGGCAGGGCGACCUUCCCUUUCCAAUGAGGG